AUGGCCAUCUUCAUCCGAGAGAUCCUCGGUUCCUUGACCCCAGCCUUGCAAGAGAAGCAACCAGGCCAGGAAAAGGGCUGCUCAUCAAGUAAGUGCCAGAGGGAGGCCAGAUGUUUCUUGACGGAGGAGGAACCGGAGGCCUCCUUGGGUGCUUCUGUCAUGGCAGUCUGGCUCUGCAGCUGCAUCAUGGCCUCCGGCAGCCCCUUCUGUGCCCUCUUGCUGAUGCUCCUGGCGUUUACUCUCGAGGAGGAGACCUGGGCAGAGGCCCCUUUGACCGGAGGGCCCAAGCUGCCAGGCCCUGGGCAGCAGAGGUUUCCGGACGCACAGGGAAGGAACCAAGGCAGAGGAGGGGGGUUCAUCCUGAGCGGUGAGGGAAGCCCCCACACCAGCAGGGGGACACAGCUGACAACAGUGCAUGAGCCCCCGGACAAGACCAAGCCAGCCUGGCUGCACACCCCGUGCCUGCCCGACCCUUGUGGCCAGCCACCCUAUUGCCAGACCUGGCUGGUCAAAGUGACUCUCCUGGCGGUGCUGGGACUUCUGGUCAUGGGGGGCAACGGGCUGGCUAUCGCAGUGCUGGCCUCCUCUGUGUCUGGCUGGAGCCACAGCAGCCGUUUCAUGCUGCUCUCGCUGGCUGCCUCGGAUGCCGCUCUGGCAGUCCUGGUGGUGCCCCUCAACCUGUACCAGAGCCUGGAGUUGGGGCCAGCGGCCCCCAAGGAGGCUGCCAGAGAAGAGGCCGUCUACUGCCGGGUGGUGGCCUUCAUCAACUCCAGCCUCUUUGGGGCCUCCCUCUACUCCCUGGCCGGGGUCUCCCUGGAGCGUUACGUGGCCGUCUUCUUCCCUCUCCACUACUGCCGCCUCCUGAGCCCCAGGCGGGUGCUUUUGCUCAUCGUGACUGCCUGGCUCCUGCCCGCCCUCCUCCUGGUGCCACUGGCCAUCCCGGCCCCUGUGGCCGUGCUCCAUGUCCGCUUCUCUGCAGCCGCCCUGCUGUGCGAGCCGGACUACAGCUCCAACCCCUUCUACUCCCUCUGGAUGGCUGGCACCAUCUUCUGCCCAGCUGCUGCAACCAUCGCCUUCACCAACAUGCGCCUCUGGCUAGUGGCCCGCUCGCAGCGCCAGCGUGGAAAGGACGUGGGCAUGCUAGGGAAGGCGGGCCGGCCCAAGAGGCUUCGGAUGCUCCAGCUGGAUGCUGCCGCCCGAGUGCUGCUCCCGGUUGUGUUCGCCUUCUUUGUCUGCUGGGCCCCUUGCAUAGGCACCAUCGUGUACAACUCAAUCACCCAGGAAAGAGUUCCCGACUGGCUGGAAUUCGUUGCUUUGUGGCUCCCCAUUGGCAGCGGCUUCCUCAACUGCUUUGUCUACUUCUGGGUCAACAGGAACUUCCGGCAUAAAGUCCAGAAGGUCGGACAAAAGCAUUGCUUGACCUGCUGUCUAACCGAGCAGGACCUGCGGCCGCAGCCCCUCCACAGCAUCUCUGCUCAGGUGAGGAUGGACUGUGAACCUCCCGGCCUUUCCCCAGGCGGCUCCCUUGGUGUGUCGCCUUCCAGCAAUGGCCUCCCUCUUUCCCAGCAUGGCUGAUCGCCU